CAGGCUCUAGCUUGCUGCGCUCCAACAGUAGAAACUACUAUUAUCGACCCCGACACCCCCAUCACCAAAACAUUAGAACAGGAACCAAGUGGACUCAUCACCGAGAUGAAGUUUCUAUAUUUGUUCGCUCUACUCAUUGUGCUGUUCGCAAUGGUUCAUUCCUUAAAAGUCAGGAAACCAAAGAGAGAGACUGUCUACGUGCAGUUGCCGCCAGAGGUACCCGGAGGUGAACCAAGAUAUGUCAAAGCACCGAAAGUGAUGACAGAGUACGACAAAUGCAAAAUGGAGUGCAAAAGGCAAAGAGAUGCUCAAUACCGCAAAGAGCACAUAGCCGCCCUACGUGAGGAAUUGGCAAUUCUGGAAGCGCAAGAAGCUGCAGAGGUUACUGCUGGAGCACCUGGAACCCAACGAGAA